AUGGUCGUCCAGUUCAAGGUGUUCAAGAAGGAAGCUCCCAAUGGAAAGCUGACCAUCUACCUCGGCCGCCGGGACUUCGUGGAUCAUGUGACUGCCGUCGACCCCGUUGAUGGCGUAGUGGUGGUGGAUCCUUCGUACCUCCAGGGACGUAAGGUCUAUGGACAACUGGUGUGCAGCUUCAGGUAUGGUCGCGAGGAGGACGAGGUCAUGGGACUGAACUUCCAAAAGGAUCUGUUCCUUGCCUCCGAGCAGAUUUAUCCUCCUAAGGACGUCCAGCCUACCAAGCUGCAGGAGCGACUCAUAAAGAAGCUGGGAGCUAACGCAUAUCCUUUCACCUUCAAGAUGCCCGAUCAGGCCCCGCCCUCUGUCACCAUCCAGCCCGGCGCCGAGGAUGAAGGAAAACCUUGUGGCGUUGAGUAUUACAUCAAGGUCUUCGUUGGAGAGACUCAGGAAGAUCGAAGCCAUAAGAGAUCCACUGCCCAGCUAAACAUCCGAAGGAUUCAGUUCGCUCCUAACCAAACCGGCCGCCAGCCCUGCACCGUCGUCAGGAAGGACUUCAUGCUGAGUCCCGGAGAGCUGGAGAUGGAAGUGUCGCUAGACAAGCAGCUCUAUUAUCACGGCGAUCAAAUUACUGUCAACAUCACCAUUAAGAAUAACAGCAACAAAACUGUCAAGAAAAUCAAGGCCGCUGUCCAGCAGUCUGUUGAUGUUUGCCUGUUAUCGGGCGGUCAGCACAAGAGCACUGUGGCUAGCGUGGAGACCCAAGAGGGCUGCCCUGUAUCGCCUGGCUCUGGCCUGCAGAAGAGCAUGUAUCUCACCCCAGUUCUUAGCAGCAAUAUGGACCGCCGAGGCGUCGCCCUGGAUGGACACCUGAAGAAAAUUCACACCAAUCUGGCUUCCAGUACUCUGUUGGCGAACCCCGAAAACCGAGACAUGUUCGGAAUGAUAAUUUCAUACUCCGUGAAGGUGAAGCUGUACCUCGGUGCCAUGGGCGGGGAGGUCACUGCCGAGCUGCCCCUCAUCCUUAUGCAUCCCAAGCCCGACCUGCGCCGCAUGAUGCGCGCCGACAGCCAGGCGCAGGUGGAGGCCUUCCGCUCCGACAGCAUGGGCGCCUCCGUCGACAUGGACUAA